AUGAGAGUCGCUCGUCUCGUGCUGCUCACGGCCGCCGCGACGUUUGCCAGCACAGCAGUAGCAGAUGAUGCGUGGACAGACCCGACGCCAUUGGCCUUGACGCUCUCACCGGCGGCGGACUCGCUCAUCUUGACACGGAGCAGCCCUUCGACGCCCGAGACUUGGUCCGGGCCCGUCACUCAAGGCACCGCCUCGAAUGGGAUCACGCAGGAUGCAAAGCCUCUUCCUCUUGCCGCCUACACCCCACCUACAACAACCAGUCUCUUGGCCGCCCGCGACGCGGACUUCAACGCCGCGAUGGCGCUCGACAAUGACGACGAGACAAGUGAACGUGCUCCGACUGUUAGUGACAACACGGGAGGACUCGCUCCGACUGUUGACGUGACGCCCAGUCCGAGACUGCCGCCCGACCACAGGACAGCCCCUGGUCCAGUGGCCACUACAAACGGAACAACGACGACGACGACGCUCACGCCACCGCCAGCGUCCCUUGUUAACAAGUCGUCACUAGCUCCCGUUGACUCCCUCAACAGUCGCAGUGGAGGGGUCAAAGCAGGCGACGCUGCCGGCGGCAUGGGUACGAUUCUGCCGGCCGUGUUCGGGUCCGUCGCGUGUGUCGGCGUGUUGGCCGUCGCGGUCGCGAUCAAGAAGAGACGGGGCGCCGAGACGGGCGAGCACCAGCGGCCGCCCAACUCCGACUGCGAGUACAGCGGGGCCGACCUCACCCCCGACAAUCGCGCGCUGUGUGUCGCGAAAGCAAAGUCGCCGCCCAUUGCGCGAAAGGCCGUAGCGACGACAGGCGCCAAAGAUUUGGCCGCGUCGACGGCAGUCGCUGACUUUGUACGAACGCACUCGUCGACUUCGUCGUCGUCUCCGUUUGGCAGCACGCGGUGCAAAGUGCGCGUGAGCUCUCCGAACCAGAGCUUCUUUGCAAAUAGAGAGACUAAUAUGGAGUUCCAAACGACGUGCCCACUUCGGGAGAAAGGGCACGACGCGACGCUCUCGAUCGGUAGUGUGCGGGUCAUGUCUUCCCGCACGACUCACCAGUCGCAGCAGUAA